AUGCCAGAUGAUGUUCCCGGUGUCACUUCUCCCAUGGUCUACAUCGGGAUGCUCUUCAGCUGGUUCGCAUGGCACAUCGAGGACCAUGAGCUCCACAGCCUCAACUUCCUGCACACCGGUGCGCCCAAGACGUGGUACGCGGUCCCUGGGGAUCGGGCGGCCGAGCUCGAGGAAGUUAUCCGUGUGCAUGGCUAUGGAGGCAAUCCUGAUCGCCUUGCGUCCCUGGCAGUGCUUGGGGAGAAAACGACAUUGAUGUCCCCUGAGGUCAUUGUAGCCGCUGGUCUGCCCUGUUGUAGAUUGGUGCAGCAUCCUGGUGAAUUUGUGGUGACGUUCCCAAGGGCCUACCAUGUCGGGUUUAGCCAUGGAUUUAAUUGUGGAGAAGCUGCCAACUUUGCAACUCCCCAGUGGCUGAAGUUUGCCAAAGAGGCCGCAGUUCGAAGAGCUGUGAUGAAUUAUCUUCCAAUGCUUUCUCAUCAACAGCUACUGUAUUUGCUAGCAGUUUCCUUUAUAUCCAGAACCCCCAGAGAAUUAUUGUAUGGAAUUCGAACCUCUCGUUUGAGAGAUCGGAGAAAAGAAGAAAGGGAACUACUAGUCAAACGGGAGUUCUUACAAGAUAUGAUUAGUGAAAAUGAACUUUUGUGUGCUUUUCUCAAGAAGAAAUUAAUUGAAAAUGCUGUUCUAUGGGAGCCUGACCUGCUGCCAUCUUCUACUGCUUUACAUUCCUGCUCCUCUGGCCCAAAAGCUCCUUUGAAGGUUGAUGAUGUUCACAGUAUCGAGUCUGUCCCCAAAGAGAACAGUUCAUCUGAUGAUAUUGCAUCUAGAGCUGGGAUACAACCUAAAUGCAUGUCUAUGGACAGCAAAUCAUCUGAUGCCAUGUCUGCUGCCGAGGCGCAAAAACUUGAUACUGACACUGAUGAUGAUGGUGACCUUCCUUUUGAUUUGAGCAUUGAUUCUGGCUCAUUGACCUGCGUUGCUUGUGGAAUUCUUGGCUUCCCAUUUAUGGCAAUUUUGCAACCCUCCAAGAAAGCAUUGGAAGAUAUGUCCCUUGUUGAUAUAGAGAGAUUUAAGCUGAAUUGUGAAAAAGAGAACCAUUCAAAUGCAAUUCCAUGUUCUCCUGAUGAUAGCAUUUCAGGACAUCCAGUUAUUGCCAAAAGACCUUCCAGCCCUGUGGCACAGUCUAACUUCAGUCAUCAGAAUGCGGAAUCAGAUAAAGAUGGUGUGGGACUUGAUGGACCCCUACUACCACAUAAUAAUAGUGCACAUUCUUGCAAUAGUGAAAAUACCCUUAAUCCGGGCAUCAACACAGAGACAACUGAGACGAAAAUACCGAGUGCUCGUUUUGGUAUAGAAUUUAGUAAACAAACUGGCAGAGGUGAUAUUGAUGCACAAACCACAGAAAGUUGCGGCAACACUGUUGACUGGAAUAUAACCUCUGCAUUUGUACGUCCCCGUAUCUUCUGCUUGCAACAUGCACUUGAGAUUGGGGAGUUGCUUGAAGGCAAAGGGGGUGCACAUGCUCUCAUCAUUUGCCAUGCAGAUUACACCAAGCUAAAAGCACUUGCAAUAUCAAUUGCAGAGGAAAUUGAGUUUCAGUUUGACUGUAAAGAUGUUCCACUUGCAAAUGCGUCCAAAUCUGAUCUACAUCUAAUCAACAUUUCAAUUGAUGACGAGGGGUACAAGGAAGAUGAAAGAGAUUGGACAACACAGAUGGGUCUAAACAUGAAAUAUUUUGCCAAGCUUAGGAAAGAAACACCAGGUUGCCAAGAGCAACCUCCUUUGUCAUUUUGGAAGAGAUUAGACAUCUCAGAUAAGCCUUCGCCUAUUUCUGUCGUUCCAAACCUCAAAUGGCUCUGCAGAAGAGCACGAACCCCAUAUAGGGUUGUUGGUUAUGCUGCCAGUCGUAAUGCCACAGUAGGUCGUGACGUGGUUAGCCCUGCAGUUACAAAGGCUGAGAUGGGCACUUCUGGAAAUGCUUACGAGAAUGCCAAAGAACAACGAACUGCUGAACAAGAUGCCCCUCUGGAGCCAAGUAGGUUACAAGAAGCUGACGAUGUUGCUGAUAUGCACACGUGUUCUGAGGACAUUGAUCAAGACAUGCAUUGUCUGAUUGGUAGCAAAAGGCAGCGAACCGCUGAACAAAAUGCCCCUCUGCAGCCAAGUAGGUUGCAAGAAGCUGACGAUGUAGUCGAUAUGCACACGUGUUCUGUGGACAAUGAUCAAGACAUGCAUCGUCUGAUUGGUAUCCCUGUUGCUGCUGCUGAAUAUCCGAUGAUGCAUCAAGUUUGUGAAGGUACAGUAAGUGUUAGCACCUGUGAACUUGACGAUCUGGUAAGUGCUAGCACUAGUGAUGAUUCAAUUUGUUCAGCGCAUUCUCAGGAUUCACCUGGGGUGUCAGAUGACUUUACCACUGAACAGCAAUGUGUCCAGUCAGAUGAGUUGACUAGUUCCGUGGCUAUGUCCGCACAACAGUUCCUUGUAGAUGGAAGCAUGACUGCAGAAGACAGCAGCAAUCAUGAAAACUUGGGUUCUUAUAAUGUCACUUCAGAGUGCAAAGACAAACAGCUCCAAGUUCAACAGGAGCAGGAGAAUAUUGAACUUUGUAAUAAUGCUGGCAGAAACUUGGCCGCGGCAGUACAGGUCAAUUCCGGCCAUUUUGGUGACAAGGCCGUCAAUCUCAAGAGCGCUAUUCCUACUGAGUCACAGCAUGAGUAUCCGAAGAGAGAUGCCAUCGUUUUGGAAGGCAUGCAAGCUGCUUUGACGACUGUGGUCUCUGGAGAAAAUAGAAAUUCAGUUAACACAGAAUUGGAUUCUCUUGGUAUUUUACUUGGAGCUUUAGCAGAAGAAUCCAUUCUAGCUGAUGUUCCUGGAAAAGAUGAGGUUGACGAUGCUUCCUUGACAUUGAUGACACUGGCUAGCAUUGACCAGUCUGCAGGUGAUGUUGCACACAAUGAAGUUAUAGAGACGUCUAGCUCUUCUGUUGGCGCAUCUAUUUCAUGCAAGGGACGGACUUUGUCCAAUUUGGCAUCUGAUGGAUCGCUUAGGAUUCAGAAUGCUGAAAUACAAAAUAAACAAGAAAAUGCUGAAGAAGUUGGUGCCUGGAACUGCCAGGGUUUGAAGAACAGCAGAGGAAUACUUGACAGUUCAGCAAACAGUUUAUCUGAUACAGGCAAAAGUUCAGGCACACCAAAAGCUUAUCAACCAGACAUAUUGUCUAGAAGUAUUGGAAGCUCAAAAAGAACAAGUAUCAUAUGCUAUGUCAGACGCAAGCGCAAGCAAAAAAGAAAGAGGGAAUCUGAGUUAAGUACCAGUAAUUCGCAAAGUUUUGGGAGCUUUGCCCGCGCGCCAUGCGAGAGGCUGAGGCCCAGGAGGAAACCUGCAGUAAUUGAAGAGCCGGCAGAGCAGAUUGAAACCGCAAAACCUUCCGCUGCCGCAACCAAGGGCAAGAGGUCCAAGGUGGUGGAGUUAUUUCAGUGCGAGAUCGAUUUCUGCGACAUGACAUUCGAGAGCAGAGCCGAGCUCCGCGCCCACGAGCGCAACAUCUGCACCGACGAGUCGUGCGGCAAGCGCUUCCAGUCGCACAAGUACCUGAAGCGCCACCAGUGUGUCCACCGCGACGAGAGGCCCUUCAAGUGCCCCUGGGACGGCUGCGGGAUGACCUUCAAGUGGCUGUGGGCGCAGACAGAACACAUAAGAGUCCACACGGGGGAGCGCCCGUACGAGUGCUCAGUCCCUGACUGCGGGCAGACGUUUAGAUACGUCUCGGACUACAGUCGGCACCGGAGGAAGUUUAAUCAUUACUGA